CUAAGAUUUGAAAUGCAUGCUUUGACCAAUCGGUCGCUUGCAAACUGCGAGCAAACGGAAGGAACGACCGGAAGUUUACAUUAGCAGAGAAAGCUGAAUGCAGCUAACGCUUCUGUUUCUGUUUUAACAAACACAGAGGGACGAUGGUUUGUGAAAAGUGCGAGAAGAAGCUCGGUAAGGUCAUCACUCCUGACACUUGGAAAGAUGGAGCCCGGAAUACAACAGAGAGUGGUGGGCGCAAACUAAAUGAGAACAAGUUCUUGACUUCUAAGAAGGCCAGGUUUGACCCUUACAGCAAGUCCGGCUUUGCUAUCUGCAGGAUCUGCAAGAGCUCAGUUCAUCAGGCUGGAUCACACUACUGCCAGGGAUGUGCAUACAAGAAAGGAAUCUGUGCAAUGUGCGGAAAGAAGGUUUUGGACACCAAGAACUACAAACAGACGUCUGUGUAAUAGCGUGCCGAUCAGAGAGCGGCUGCACGAGUGAAAAACAGACUGAAAGAGAGAUGAGUUUGUUUGCAGGAGCUAUUACAGUGGCCACACACAGGCUGUCUCUAAAUACACCACCUGCUAUCACCUGUUUCUCCGGCCAAGGCUCUCAGAUUUAUUUUUGUGAAUUUUAAAUUUAGUGCUUUGCUUUUCAAAAUGUUAAUUUCUGCAUGUAAUAUAUGACGUGUUGCUUUUGUUGAGUGAAAUAAAGCUUCCAGUAUGAGGA